AUGAUCGAAUCAGAUUUAAAGCAAUAUGAAAUGCUCAAAAUGAUAAAAAUUCAGAUAAUAUCCCCUCUCGAAGCUAGGUGGGUGGAGAGAAUCAUCCCAUUAAAAUAAAUAUUAGCUUUUAUUUAUUAUGAAAAUGGAGUUUAUUAAUUGUAUGAUAUAAAUAAACAAGUAAUUACUUAAAAAGGAUAGAUUUCAUAGAAUAUAAAGUUUUUCCUUGAAAUUUACACAAAGUAAUAUUUUUAAAUAUUUAGUAUUAGUGUUUUGAUAUUUCAUGAUCCCAUAGAUCUUUAAAUAAAAUUAUUAGACUUGAAUACGAAUUAAAUUAAUCCUAAAUUUGUGUUUAAAUCAAGUGACCAAAUAGAUAUCAAGAGUGAUUAAGAAACUAAAGAGAAAUUUGUAGAUAGUAUUAUAUAAUAUAAUAUUUUGGAUUUAGAAUUUUCUUUAUUGAUUGUUAUAAGAACUAAAUUAAAUAUUUGAUAUCAUAAGAUUUAGAAAACUAUUACUCAAAAAAAAAUGUCUGUCAUUACACUAUAAGAGUUUUACCUUUAUAUUAUAAUUCUUAAACUAAUUUUGAAUUAACACCUAUUGUUAAAUAUGAUUAUUAAAAUAGUUUUUCAUAAAAGGAGUUAUACAAUUGGUAAGUAGAUUAAGAAACUAUAGCAGUAUAUGGAUAGGAUAGUGAUAAUUUUAAAUCAGAAAUUCUUCUUAUCAAACCUCAUUUAAUGGAGCAGGCAUUCUAUAUUAUUCACACUAAAUUUGAAUGUUCAUACACAACAAUGAAUUUAACAAAUUGGAUUAACCCUAACUAAGUUGCUAUUUGGGUAAAUUGUAAUGAUGAGUCAACAAGGCCAAGCAUUUUUUGUUUUGAUUUAAGGAGGUAUUAUAAUGGUAAAAACUGGUUACCUGAACCUUAAUUUAUAGCAACUUUGGUAAUCAUUAAAACUUAAAAAUUACUAGGCUAGAGAUGAAUAUAUUAAUAAUGAACCUUAAGUUUUUAUGGAUAUUUUUCAAUUUUAAUUAGAAUCAACUUACGUAGUUCAUUUAAGACAAGUUGAAAAUGAGUGCAAGAUCUCUGUCAUCAAUUAUGAAAAUAUUUAAGAACCAUAAGUUGUUAGUGAAAUUAUUGUUGAUUCGUUUUGGAUCUUGCCUGCUGUCGAUCAUUCUUGGAUUAUAUUAUAUAAUGAUCUUGGGUAUACAAUAAUUUUAUUAUCUUAGUAUUCACAAUUAAUAAAUCAGUUUUAACAUUUUAAUUAAUUUGAACCCAUUUCACGAUGGAUAUUAUUUAUUAAAUUUUUUUGAAAAAUAAAAAAUAAUUGAAAAAUAUGGUAUUCAUGUAGUUGAAGAAAUAUUUGAAUUCUAUUUUUGA